AUGACUAUAGACAAUUACUUUCAGCUCACGUUUGAGUUGGUUACGGAAUACAUUGGCCAAAUAUACCCAGAAUCAAACCACUACAAGGUUGUGGGCACAACCAAUGAGAAUAAACUAAAGCAAGUUGAAUUGUACCACUACGAUGAGAAAUUUCUCAUUUUGAGCUUUACCGCAAUCAGCGAUGUCCAGUCGUUGGUAAAUUUACUCAACCUUGAUGGAAGAUUGGAUAACGCAUUGAUCAAUUGGGAAUGGUUUGAUUUGGACACUAUUGAAUUUCCCAUUGCAGGUACUAGUCAAUUGCCCAGAGAAUUGGUUGAGAAAUUCCAAAAAAAAUUUAGAGGCGUUGUCGAUAAUGAAAAAGUCAGUUCAAUAUUCCCAAGCAGUACUCAAAGUGAAAAGGAGCAUCAACAGCAACAGCAGCAACAGCAGCAACAACAACAACACGUUCAAAAAGAUGAUUUGAAACAAGGACAGCAAGAACAAUCACAGCCAAUUGUCGAAGAACACACUGAUACAGAAAGUAACUAUGCGAAGUCACCUACUCCAGAAGAACCUUAUCAUCCAACAAACCCGGUAUUCACCGGUGGUAAUCCUUCUGCCUCAGCACCACAAUCUUCCCAGCCUCGGGUACAAAAUGCUGCAUUCAAAAGACCAUCGGAUAUGCCCGAUUUUGAAGAUGAAUAUCAAAUAAGAGACCCGGGUCAACCAACUCAUGACACAUUAGGACAAUCCUCGCAUCUACCCCCUAUAGGUUCCGAUGACUUGAACCCACCUGGAUUGCCAAAAGAUCCAACUUUGAAAGGGUACUUGGAUCCUUUGCAAGGCAGCUCACAAGGACCAUUAGGAAGCGGAGGAAUGCACCCAGAUGCAAAUCACCCAAUUUUCCACCCGGGGCAAGGUGGUGAAAGCAGAGGAAUAGGCAGCGGCACAAGCGGGUAUAGCGGGUAUAGCGGGAGAAAAGGUGUCCCACCCGGUGCCAGAUUUGAUGACCCAUACUCUGAAGAGAAUUUAGAUGCAUUGGGACAAGGUUUACCAGAUGGUGGAUUGCGUGGUCCUGGUGGUCCUGGAUUUGGAGGCAAUUUCGGUAACUUUGGUAAUUUCGGACCUCCUGGUGGUGGGUUUUAA